GAUUUCUGACAGCUUGGCGGGCGCUCUCCCCAUAUAUAAGCAGCUGCAAGUUAAAGCAUAAACCUAAGCAAAGUGUUCUGCUUCUGAAUCCCAGGCCCUGAUUGCGUUGAGUACAACUUGUACCGCUUCAACUGCUGUUGUCGACGACAACAGAAAGACGAACAGGCUACAUUCAAGCAAUUAAUCAAGCAAGAUGUCAGUCCGCCAGUUCAAGCUUAACUUCAAGCCCCAGCCGGAACAUCAGCUGGCGGAGUAUCCCAAGCUGAAGCUUGCUGCUGGACCUACCGAACCGCUGCCUCCCUCCAAGGACCUCGCCCAGAACUGGCCCGUGAAACGUAACCAGUAUGACGUGGGCGCCUGUGUGGCCUUCGCCUCCACAGCGGCCAUGGACUACGUGGUGCGCACCCACCGUAUCAUCCCCAUAGAGCUGUCACCGAGGUUCGUGUAUUACUGUGCACGCGUUGCGAUCGACCACAACAGCCCCGAUGAGGACACGGGUACCUACACCUCAUCGGCUAUGGCGGCCCUGAAAGAAUUUGGUGCUGCGCCUGAGGGUUAUGUGUGCUUGCGGCCCUUUUACAUGAAACUACGCAACCAAUUCUAUGGGCAGAUGUGCACGAUAGCCGAUGCGUGGGAGCUGUGCCCGUACGGCACUCGGGGCAAUGUCCCGUUUAGCGAGGAGCCCUCGCAGGCCGCCUUCGAAAAAGCCCUUGACUUCCAGGUCUUGAGGAGCGCACGUGUAGGCACAGACACCCGCUCUAUGAAGGUCGCCAUCGCCGCCGGCAUGCCUGUCGUGGCGGGUUUUACAUGCUAUGAGAAUUUGUACGACGACGAUGUACAGUCCACUGGCGUCAUUAAGACGCCCAAGGGUGACCGCAUCGGUGGCCAUUGCGUCUUGUUUGUGGGCUACGAUGAUGCCAAGAAGCGAUUCAAGUUCCGCAACUCCUGGGGCGCGAGCUGGGGUGACGCAGGGUACGGCUACCUGCCGUACGACUAUCACGAGCGCUCGGAUGGGUGGACCAUCACGAAGAUGGAGGAGAAUGGCGCGACCAUCGAGCUGCUCAAGAAGCUCGGGCUUGUGGUGGAGAAGCCGGUGUGCGUGCCUAGCAAGCAUUCGGGCUUGGUGGUCGACCCCACCCGGACAGUUGAACCUGCCGGGGCCGGAGACGGCAGGACAAGCAAGUACUACAUGGGGGGUAUUGUCGGCCAGAAGCUGCGCCUGCUGUCUCUUCCCCUUACCGCAAGCGAGGAGAUGCAGGGCGUGGUGAAGGAUUUCCAGACCGGUUAUGCAACCACGGGUUCCGCGGGUGUCAUAGUUCAGAAGGGUGCAUGGGCCGAGUUGACGUUCACGAUGACUAUGCGGGCCGUGACCUGUGGCCAGAUUUCGGACAUGGAAUCCAAGCUGGUCCAAAACAUGAGCGAGGACGAGAAAUCCACCUACAAGGAAGCGAAGCAGCACUACGAUGGUGGCUUCAACGUACCUGUCCUCAGCUGGUUCGGUGUGCACCUGGGCGCCUCAUAUGACAAGACGGAGGUUGAAAAGACGCGCAACGCCAAUGCACACUACGACAAGCAGGCCAAGGACGUUGCCCAGGCUUUGGAACAGCGUACGGAGCAGUGGAUCACUGUGAGCGGCAAGCUGAGCGCGCAAGGCUUGAGCUUCAUGCCCACUGAGGCGUCUGCGUACAUCAAGGUUGCGCAGGUCAAGCUGGCCAACGGCAAAACGCUCAACGUGGUCAACACCGAUACCCCCGACGGGGUGCAGGCUGCGGACAACAAGGGCACGGCUCUGCCCACCACCGGACAGAAGCUGAACCUGGUCAGCGUAAACUAGACUGGAUGGAUUUAAAUCAGCGCCAGCAUCAUCUCUUGCUUGCACUUAAAUGCAGACUGAACCGUAGAUGCAUGAAUUGGUGAACAAGGUGAUUUGGUUGGAAAGUUGGUCAGGGAAAUUAAAGUUGCUUUGAAUCUUCAUGCACGCGGUUGGACACGCGGUUGUCUGACGUGUAUGUGAUAUUACACCGAAAACACACAUAUGUGUGCGGACUGGAGGACGGACGUCUGUGUCAUCAUCUGGGUUACUCACCGCGAACCCUCUUAUUACUUCUUUUUGGUGGCGGCUGUGUACGUGUGUGCCGCGUGGGCCAUCAGCGUUGGGCUGACAACUGUGUCGUGUCCUGGAUUGAUGUCUCAACGAUAGUAUUUCUGGUCUGUGUGUGCCACCCGCAACUUCUCUUGGAGUUCUUUUAUGAAAUGGCGGACACAUACAACACUAGACUUGAAACACGUGAUGAUACAUGCAACCCAAGCAUUAUUACGGUGUCGCCUUGGCCCUUAAUAUUCCUUCCUGGCUCCAAGCGCGCAUUUUAUCGUCUGAGGUGCACGUCUAGGCAGUCAUUAUUAUUGGCAGCUGCAGCUACAGAGUACAUCGUAUCAUGAUUGUUGCCACACGGUAUUUGCUGCGGUCAGUAGGAUGGAGGCACCGGCAGUCAGUAAACCUGUGAAGCCUUUGUAAUUUCUUUUGCAAACGAGCCAACACGCUCCGUCGCCAUCAUCGUCGUUGUCGUCGUCGUGCAUGAAGAUGUGGGAAAACGUUUGUUUGGCUGUUUCCGAUGGACGGUUCGCCUGAUGAUGUGGCGACAUGCCUUCGCCUGGUGUUACACUUUCUGCUUUGGGUACUCGAACGUCCCGAAGAGUUGGUCCAAUCAAUCAUGCUCAACCAAUCAUGCUGUGUAAAAAUCAUCGUUUG